AUGGCCAAAGCAAGAGAGAGAACUGAGGAUUUUAGGGAUGCCGUGCGUCGAGCAGCACUGAAUUUGGGAUACAGUGAGUCCAAAACCGCAGCAGUGAUGGCUUCUUUUAUCAUGCAUAAAAGUAGGAAAAGAUCGUCCUUCAGCAAAGCUGCAUUAACAACGCUUGACAGUAUUGGAGCUUUAGAGAAGUUCCUCAUGAAGCAUAAGAAGGAUUAUGUAGAUUCACACCGUACCACUGAACAAGAGAGAGAUAGCAUUGAGCAUGAGGUUACAGUUUUUAUCAAAGCAUGCAAGGAUCAAAUAGAUGUUCUCAAAAAUAGUAUAAAUGAUGAGGAGGCAAAUUCAAAGGGAUGGCUUGGUCUAAGAAAUGACAAUAUAAAUGCUGAUACGGUAGCACACAAACAUGGAGUGGUCCUGAUUCUAAGUGAAAAGCUUCAUUCAGUGACAUCACAAUUUGAUCAGCUUAGAGCUUUACGCUUCCAGGAUGCCAUCAACAGGGUGGCCCCACAAAGAAAACCUAAGCAGAAACGCACUUCAGAUUUUUCCGGGAGUUCAGCUUCUGGAAAUGCGGAUCUCGAGGAAGCAAACAGUUCGAGAGCCGAGCAGGCAGACAAUGUCCAAGCAGAGCCCAUCAGAUUCCAGCAGCAGCUGUUGGAUGACGAGACUCGGGCCCUUCAGGUGGAGCUGUCCAGCAUGUUGGAUGCCGUUCAGGAGACUGAGACAAAGAUGGUCGAGAUGUCUGCCCUCAACCAUCUCAUGUCGACUCAUGUCCUUCAGCAAGCACAGCAAAUUGAGUAUUUGUACGAGCAGGCUGUUGAAGCAACGAAGAACGUGGAGCUGGGUAAUAAAGAGUUGUCACAAGCAAUUCAACGGAAUAGCAGUAGCAGAACCUUUCUCUUGCUAUUUCUAUUUGUCUUGACAUUUUCGAUUAUCUUUCUCGAUUGGUACAAUUAA